AGACUGUAAGUUUAAUAUUAUCUCUGAAUGUCAGAGUCUGGUAUAGUAUUGGAAGGCGAUAAAUUGGAAAUAUUGGAAAAGAUAUUGUUCGGGAAAUAGGUAAAAUGCUUGGAAGUACAUAAAAGCGCUGUAGAAUUCGUACUGGUUGAGCACUUCUUUGGAUUAAAUGCCUGGAAUUUAAUGGAUUAAUGAAACGUAAAGAUUUGGCGUGCUUUUCCUUUUCAUAGAAAAACAAACUAAACCAAGACAUGUGGCCGAAGGUGCACAAACAUUUUGUUACCAUUACAUCUCUAGGACUGCCUCUAAUUCUCUUUACGAUAGCUUUAACAUCCUUACCAACUGCCAAAGGGCUUUCACAUUCAGGUAUUCCACAGAACAUUACUUGCAAAGAUAACCCCGACUGCCAAGCAAUUAAUGGAUCGAUUUGCCAAGACAGCAUCUGCGCAUGCCCAGAAGACAAGCCUGCUUUCGUCAAUGUGACCAUCAACUCGACAGUCAGUGAAGGUUACUGUUUAGAGUCGUGGAACACGACGGGGGCCAACUGCAGCUUCAGCGAGCAGUGCGACUACGACCACGGUCUGUGUGCGAAUGGCGUCUGCGCAUGCGAGAGGAGAUUCACGUCAUCAGACGAAGGAGAAUGCAAACCCGUCAAAAAAAGCGAUCUGAUACCCAUAGCAGUGGGUGCGGCACUGGCUGGCAUUGUGCUCUUGACGCUGGGCGCUUACUUCUGGAUGUCGAGGAAGAAAAAGUGAAAGAUCAGCCUCACCUUUUUCUCCCACAUGACAACUCAACUCGCUGUUGGGAUCAGCAAAGCUAAAAUGAUCAUGGAUGUCGGCAGUAAAAAGUGCUUCGUUACGCCAAAGACUUUAUGGGGGAUGCAUCAACGUCUUCGUGAUUCAGAAUUUAUAUUUAUAAUAAAUGGUUAUUUUUUAUAAAAAAAGAAUAGAGUGAAUGAUUCUUAUAAU